UCGGAAGCGGCGGUGGGGUCUAGCAGGUGACCGCUGUGGUCGUCUCCGCCAGCGGAGGGGCGGAGCUGGGAGCUCCGGGUGGCUCGAGAGCCCGGACCAGCUGUACGCUUCUUGGGCCUCCCGCCUGGCAGCUCAGCCGUUGCUCAUGAAUAUUCAUGUGAGCUCAGGGCCAAUCGACGACUGGCGCAGCUCACAGCUGGCCAAUCGCGUUACCGUAUGCAGAUUGAACCGGGAGGAAUGGGGCUGGAGACCGCGCGUGCAGCCCGAGGGCAGAGACGCGACCGAACGAGCCCCAGGUCUCCGAGAGUGGCGGAAGUGUCUUCUUAUUUCUCCAUCCCGGUGACCCACUUCCGGUAGUGGCGGAAGUCGUGCCCUGUCCCGUUCUGAAGCGGGAACUAUGGCGGCGACGCAGCCAGAUGUGGAGGCUUUACCGCGCGGGGGCUUCAGAUGCUGCCUCUGCCACGUGAACACGGCUAAUCGGCCCAGCCUGGAUGCCCACCUUGCGGGCAAGAAGCAUCGCCGCCUUGAAGAGCUUCGAGCUGCACGCCGGGCCCAGGGCCUGCGGAGUGUGUUUGUCAGCGGCUUUCCACGUGGCAUGGAUCCAGCCCAGCUCUCUGAGUACUUCCAGGCCUUUGGGCCUGUGGCCAGCAUUGUCAUGGACAAGGACAAGGGCGUAUUUGCUAUUGUCGAAAUGGGAGACACGGGUGCCCGAGAGGUCGUCUUGUCUCAGCCCCAGCACACUCUCAGUGGCCAUCGGCUACGUGUUCGGCCUCGGCAGCAGAAGGAAUUCCAGACCCCAGCUCCCAAGUCAUCCAAAGGGGCGCCACCAGAGGACCAGCAGCUGAUGCGGGCGCUGGCAGAGGCUCCAGAUGUGGAGGCCCAGAUGGUGCAGCUGGUGGGCCUUCGAGAGCUUUCUGAGGCGGAGCGGCAGCUGCGGGGGCUUGUCGUGACCCUGCUGCAGGAGGUCUUCACCGAGUUCUUCCCUGGCUGCGUCAUCCGUCCCUUUGGCUCCUCUACAAAUGGCUUUGACGUUCAUGGGUGUGACCUUGAUCUCUUCCUGGAUCUGGGGGAUUUGGAGGGGCCACAGCAGGACCCAAAGGCCCCAGCCUCUCCAGCGUUGGACUCAGCCCUUGCUUCUCCAGUGGAUCCUCAAGCCUUUGCCUCCACUCCAGUUUCCCCUGUAGACUCUCAGGCCCCAGCUUCUCCCCAGGACUCUGAAACUCCCACCUCCUCCCUAGCCCCUCCAACCCCUGACUCAGCCCUGGCCUCCCCACAGUCCUUGCCCCCAGUGUCACCCAUCCAGGAGGAGGUGGGAGAGAGGGACUUGGGGAAGGCCUGGGAGCUUGGAGCAUUCAAGGGGGAGGAGAGGGAGGGAGAGGCCAUGCUGGAACUUGUCGGGUCUGUCCUCCGAGGCUGUGUCCCCGGGGUACACAGCGUCUGGGCUGUGCUCUCGGCUCGACGCCCCGUGGUCAAAUUCUGCCAUCGGCCCUCUGGUCUUCAUGGUGACGUCUCCCUCAGUAACAGGCUGGCGUUAUACAAUUCACGGUUCCUGAGUCUCUGUUGUGCCCUGGAUGGGCGAGUACGGCCCCUGGUCUAUACCCUGCGCUGUUGGGCUCAGGGACGAGGGCUGACAGGGAGCGGCCCCCUUCUGAGUAAUUAUGCAUUGACUCUUUUGGUGAUCCACUUCCUUCAAACCCGGGACCCACCUGUGCUGCCUUCUCUCACAAAACUCACCCAGAUGGCAGGUGAGGAGGAACGGGUUGAGGUGGAUGGCUGGGACUGCAGUUUCCCCCAAGAGGCCUCCUGCCUGGAGCCUAGCACUAACACAGAACCCCUUGCUACCCUCCUGGCCCAGUUCUUUUCCUGUGUCUCCAGCUGGGACCUCCGUGGCUCGCUGUUGUCUCUGAGGGAAGGCCAGCCGCUGCCCAUAGCCGAGGGCCUGCCCCCUGGUCUCUGGGGGGGCUUACGCCUUGGCCCUCUGAACCUCCAGGACCCUUUUGACCUAAGUCACAACGUGGCAGCCAACGUGACAGGCCGGGUAGCUGGUCGCCUACAGAACUGUUGUCGUGAGUCGGCUAAUUACUGCCGAAGCCUCCAGUUCCAGCGUCGAUCUCCCCGGGGCCGGGACUGGGGUUUGCUUCCUCUCCUGCAGCCCAGCUCUGCCAACUCCCUGCUGUCUGUUACUCCCAUCCCCCUGCCCCCGGCCCCCUUCACUCAGCUCUGUGCUGCCAUCACCCAGGUGUUAGAGGAAGCACUGGGGUGCCAGGUAGAGCAGAGCUGCAAAAGACGGAGGCCAGAAGAAGAUGGAGAUGGAGAGGAGUGUCCCCAGGGAGGAUCAAGUAAAAGGCUACGAUUAGAGAUGGAGAAAGGGCAUGAUGAGGAGCAAACGGUGUCUGAGAGGCACCAAGGAGAAGCUGGGGUGGAGGAGAUGGUGCUAGAGGCUGAUGGUGAGGAGGGCCAAUCAUCAGUCAUGGGGGCCCCUGGGCUGUCAGGGGAGCAGCUGCAGAGGCUUGGGCAGCAUUUAGUUGAAAGGAAAGGAAAGCAGCUAAAAAAUCUGGGGACCAGAGAGGUAGAAGCAGCCCAGGAGGAGACAGGGCCAGGGAUGGCACAGACCUGGCUCUGUACGCUCUGGCACCGGGUAUGGCUUGGGCGGCGGAGGGUCCGGAGGCAGUUGCAGCAGCAAGCCAAAGGGGAAAUGAGCUGGCUGCAGGCAGAGGUUCGGGUGACCCAGGAGUUGAUAGCACAGGAAAGUGGGAAGCAGAGACCAGAGCCAGAGCUGCCAUGGCCGCCACAGCCUCUCCUCACCUUCACUGCUUCCACCAGCUCCACUGGCCAGUUUCUCACUCUCACCCAGCUCCAGGAUCCUCAGAGUCUGUUUCCUGAUCUCCAUCAUUUCUUACAUGGUUUUCUACCUCGAACUGUUCGGGGCAUCCUAGGGUGUGAGAAAGGCGACUGAAGAAAGGAAGGGGGCAAUAAAGUGCUUUUAUAUGAGCUUCA